CCGGGCCUAUGACGUCAUUUGGGUCCGAAGAGCAAGCGAGGAGCGCCAGGGAAAGAGAGGGACGCAGCAUCCGGAUCCCCGGGAGAGAGGGGAAGCCAAAACACUGCUCCCGAACGGGUCCCAGAAAUGGAGGUCGCAUCUUCCGCCUCGCAGCAUCGUGGUCGGCGAAGCGAGGCUGUGCUCGGCACAUCUUUGGCUAGAAACGACACGGUGCAGCGAAAACAACGCCGCCGCGGCUCUGUCGGCGAGUAGUGAGAGCCUCGCAUUCCACGACGACGUAGUUCGCGCUGGGCUCGACGAAGAGUCAGCUGUGCGAUAUCUUUCGGGGGAUGAUGACGACGGCUGCCGCAGUGGGUGCCGAGCAGUCGCCGACGGCAGGUUUCGGCCGAACGCUGCUCCUGUCGAUUGCAUGCCUCGUCCUGUGGCAAGGCCUGUGCCAGGCCGUCAGAAUCGGCGUGCUGCUUGAGCCCAGCCAUAGAGAUGCAUGGCGGGAAUUCGAGUGGGCCAUGAGCAACUUCAACACGAGCCAGAAUGCCAAGCGCUUGGGAAUCACGUUCAGCACAUACGCGGCUACAGUCGACCACGACGACGACCUCUUCACAGUGACGCAUGAACUGUGCCGACAGCUAACUGCUGGAGUGACGACUGUGCUGAUCCCGACGUCGGGGCUUUCGGAUGCAUUAGUCCGUUCGCUCUUCGCCAGCACGAACGUGCCACGCAUCACGACCACACCUGGCGAAAGCUGCUCCCCUGAAAAUGACGGUGCAGUUGCCACCGAUGACGACACGGCGGCCAACGAGACGACGCCGGCAGCGGCGCACGAGGCCACGUCAGGGCGAGUGCCGGAGGGUCGAGAGCUGCUCGAGCCUCCUCUGGGGGUUAGCAUGAUGCCUGACCUGUCAGCAGCCAUUCUUGACCUCGCCCGAGCAUGGAACUUCCACUCGGCCGUAUUCUUAUACGACUCGGAUCAUGCGCUGUCCACGCUGGGACGGCUGCUGCAGCCGCCGGAGGGCCGCCAGCGACUCGCCAUCACGCGGGCGCUGCGAGUGUCACGUGACGGAGGCUCGGAGGCUGCGCACGCCGUGCUGUCCGGCAUGGAGCGCGCCCACCCGCACGCUCGCAAGUUGGUCGUGCUCGACUGUGACCACCAGCUCGCCAAGGACAUCGUCAUCCGGCACGUGAGGGACAUCUACAUGGGCAGGAGGAACUAUCACUACGUGCUCGCGAGGCCCGUUGUAAGCCACCGGUACCUUGAAGGAGUCACUGAAUUCGCUGCCAUCAACAUCACAGCGUUCAGGUUCCAAAACACCGAGGAAUUGACGCAAACCUACAAUUACAAAACAACGGCUGAAGAAGCGGCCAUCGCGGACGCGGCGCAGCUGCUGAUCAGCGCGUAUCGGCGCCUGCGGGAGGAGCCCCCCGCUCGCAACGGUGACCUCUUCGAGGACCGCGUGCGCGUGGACCCUGGCGCGGCCACCUCCCAGUGUGGUGGCAUCGCCUACCUCACCCAGCAGCAGGGCCAAGUGGUCGACUCGUACCUCAAGGGCGUUGUAUUUGACGGAAAGACAGGGAGGGUCGAAUUCGACGAGAGAGGUUGCCGCGUCAAUUUCACGGUCGACGUGAUUCAAGUCAACGGGAAAAACCAGUGGCUUAAGACUGGGACUUGGUCGAGCCGUGGCUUUAUGUCAGUCGGACGACAAGACGAAGUGACCUCGAAAGAUGACAAGGACUACGUGCACAGAGUUGCAGUGACUCUGACAGAGCCGUUUCUGAUGCGGAAGACUCGGCCCAUCGAGGUUGGCCGGGGUGAACCAGAAUAUGAAGGGUUCAGCAUGGACCUUAUGGAGGCAAUCAGCCGCAUCACCGGCAUCAAGUACGCCAUUCACGUUGCCAAGCAGGGAUCCCAGACGACUGGCCGGAGGGACUCCUGGGAAGGCAUGAUCAGCGAGAUCCUCAACGGGGAGGCCGACGUCGCCGUAGGUGACAUGGCGGUCACAGCUGACCGCUGGCACGACGUGGACAUGACGCUUCCAGUUCUCAACACUGGCCUAGCGGCGGUGGUAAGGAGGACGGCGCUCAAGGGUGUUGGCCUGCGCACUUUCAUAGCUGCCUUCGAUUGGCGCCUGUGGGCUGGCUUCGGCGCCUCAGUAGUUGCCGUGUACGUGGUACUAGGCGUGAUCAGCUUGGCCUCCCUGAAAAGCGUCGUGCACUGUUGCUUUGAGCUCCAGGCCGGAGCUGCCAACUCCACAGAUGCCGACAAGCCCGCUCCCACGAGCUACAGCGGGCCCAACACUUCGUGCGCAAACUUCAAGGCCAGGUCUAUUUCUGGCCGCAUAGUGGGCAGCUUCUGGUGGAUCUUCUUGGUGCUGGUUUUCUCCGCCUACACGACCGAACUCGCCUCGUACCUGAGGCCAAAGUAUGAGAUUGAGUCCUGGGAUCAACUGGACAGCACACAGCUCAAGCAUAUGUGGGCGCCGACAGCGGCCACUAGGAGAUACUUUCAGAGUACGCGUGACGAGAUGACGAAGAGGUUCUACGGUCACAUGGACGAACAGGGAGGCCGCGAGGUGCCCUCACUUCGAGAAGGCGUGGAGAUGGUGCGCAGUAGCUCGCCGGGAAACCUGGUCGUGUUCGCUGACGCGCUGGCCGCUGAGUACCUGUGCGGCCAGCCCCCCUGUAACACCAGGGUCAUACGAGCGCGCCACACCGCGCGCCACGUGGCGCUCGCCGUGGAAAAGAACGCCACUCUGAGAGAAACACUUAACCACGCCAUAGCGACUAUGUCGGAGACAGGGGAGUUGGACGAAAUCAGACGGAAGUGGUGGUCGACCAGGUGCGAGAAGCCGCCCGAGGACGAGCCGAUAAGGCUGCGGCUCUUCCUUCCGGUCGCUCUCGCUAUGGCCGGGUUCAUACUGGAAGGCGCUGGUCUUGGUCUGGUCGAACUACUGGUGCGAGGCUGCAACAAACUUUGCAUAUGGGCUCGGCUCAAGUCGGAACGAUCUGCGCAGGAGACGGGCCCACCGCUAAAGACCAUCGCCUAAGGACCUUCAUGAUUCCAUCCAGAGCAAGCGUUGCGACACGCUUUGUCACCUUUGCUCAAAUCGCGUCUUCAUUUUACAUGCCACCUGUGUUCGUAAACCAUCCGCAACGCUCUUGGUAGUGCAACUAACGCUUGGUUGUUCGGUCAAUAGAGCGCAUCAACACAGAACAAGCGCUAAACAAACUCGCACUGUUUUUGUUGGUAUCACACUUUAAGCAACUUGCCUAGUUACCUUUCAUUCAUUCGUUACGCCCAUAAUUUUACAGUAAUAUUUAUGUAAUCCUUAUUUUUACUUGGAAGACUGAGUUAAUUCUGCAGCCUGUGGUCACAGCCUGCAGAAAUUAACUUCUGGGCCUUUCCGAAUAGCAAAAGAAUAGUGCUAAUUGCAAGAGCUCCCGAAGUGUAGUGUGUUAAAGAUCAAAGUUUAAGAUAAGACAUACAACAUUGAUGGACAUAAUUGUUACCCGGCGUUUCCGAAAGCGGCAGAAGCGGAAUGUUCAAUUUAAAUAGCUAAGGGGGCCACAUUGGGCCUAAAUUAGGUUGCAAUAACGCCAACAGGUUCCCCGCACAGCCUUGCAGUUUUCCGGCGACGUUGCCAAACCCUGAAGUUUAACCAUUUCAUGUCGAAAGAAAUAAAGAACCAUCACCGUGGACGCUAGUCAACUUAUCAUAUCAUACCGCCUUGUUCUCUGCCAAGUAAGAUUGGAACCACAAAGCUUUAUCCUGUGAACCGGACACCCCAGCUCAGAAUCGGAGAAAUGCAUUCAAACCAGCCUAGCUCAGGGCUUCGUCGUCUAGCGAUAUUCACUGCCGAAAUAUACUCAAUACUUUGCUGCUUUGACUAUGUAAGCACCUUGUAUAUACUCGCACAUCCCUGUGGUUUCGUCGAUUUCCUAGCCUUCGGAACAGAUUCACUUGCCUAAUUUGUUCGAAUAAGGCAAUUGCAAUGUUAUACACAAGCUGCCGGAUAGGAAAUAACGGAGCAAAUGAAAAUGAAAUGAAUUUCGCGUGCUUGCUUUACUUUUAUACUGUAUUUUACUUAUCCAGUAGGCCUAAUGACGAAUUCAUUAUUUACCUACAGGUUUCUGCAUAUACUACACAAAUAAUGCAGUCGGACCCGGAUAUAUCGAACCCACAUAUAAGCAAUUAUUGUGUAUAUCGAACCGCUGAAAAAUUCCCUUGAAAAUCCCAUGCAAAUGUAUAGGGCUGGUGCAUGCGCAUAUAGAACGCCCGUUCACCAGCGCAUUCAAUAUAUCGAAUGCGGCGCCACGCCGAAGUUGCGCUGCUGAGCACGAGGUCGCGGGAUCGAAUCCCGGCCGCAUUUCGAUGGAGGCGAAAUGCAAAAACGCCCGUGUGCUUGCUUUGUAGUGCACGUUAAAGAACCCCAGGGGGUCAAAAUUAGUCCGGAGCCCUCCACUACGAUGUGACUCAUAAUCAGAACUGGUUUUGGCACGUAAAACCCCAGAAAGAAGAAGAUGAAGCAGGCGCCACGCCGAAGACCUCAAAGUGCACUUCUUUGUGCACUUAGAGGCCUUCUGGCACCUGGAGGUGGAGAGAGAAUGUGCGGUCAGUUGAGCCGUGUGGGUCGUGCGUGCAGUCAGUUGAGCCCCGUCAAGCUCUUCAGCGAGCCCGCGUGCUACAUCGAACGUCAGCGUUCCUUCUUUCCGACUUUCUUGGCGUCGUCGUGUGGGUUGAGUGCCUAUUCGGGAGUUAAUUUUCCGCAAGUGAUGGCCGCUGCAAGUGUAAAGAAAAGAAUCAACU